AUGGAACAACAUCCUAUCACCACUAUGGAACAACAUCACAUCACCACUAUGGAACAACAUCCUAUCACCACUCCUCUGGAACAACAUCCCAUCACCACUCUGGAGCAACAUCCCAUCACCACUAUGGAACAACCUCCCAUCACCACUGUGGAACAACAUCACAUCACCAUUAUGGAACAACAUCCCAUCACCACUCUGGAACAACAUCCCAUCACCACUCUGGAGCAACAUCCCAUCACCAUUCUGGAGCAACAUCCCAUCACCACUCUGGAACAACAUCCCAUCACCACUCUGGAGCAACAUCCUAUCACCACUCUGGAACAACAUCCCAUCACCACUAUGGAACAACAUCCCAUCACCACUUUGGAGCAACAUCCCAUCACCACUCUGGAACACAUCCUAUCACCACUCUGGAACAACAUCCCAUCACCACUAUGGAACACAAUCCCAUCACCACUCUGGAAGAACAUCGCAUCACCACUGUGGAGCAACAUCCUAUCAACACUCUGGAACAACAUCCCAUCACAACUAUGGAGCAACAUCCCAUCACCACUCUGGAGCAACAUCCCAUCACCACACUGGAGCAACAUCCCAUCACCACUCUGGAACAACAUCCUAUCACCAAUCUGGAACAACAUCCUAUCACCACUCUGGAACAACAUCCCAACUCCACUCUGGAACAACAUUCUAUCACCACUCUGGAACAACAUCCCAUCACCACUAUGGAACAACAUCCUAUCACCACUCUGGAACAACAUCCUAUCACCACUCUGGAGCAACAUCCUAUCACCACUAUGGAACAACAUCCUAUCACCACUAUGGAACAACAUCCCAUCACCACUCUGGAGCAAAUUCCCAUUACCACUAUGGAACAACAUCCUAUCACCACUCUAG